GAGGAAGUGAGUCUGGAACCUGUGGACAACUCCACUCUCGUCAAUGCGGGAGACAUGCCGACUGAGGCCACUGACCCGGACCCGUGGUCAGGACAGUGGAAUGGACAGGAAACUUGGUGGGGCUGGCAAGAGUGGGACUGGUCGACUUCUUCCUGGAGCCCUUCUUCGUCUUCCUGGGCAUGGUCGGGCUCUUCUUCAACCUCGUCGACCACCUCACUUGCCCCUGACGGCGGACUUACUGAUCGGGAGACGAUGCUUCCGAAUGCUGGCCUGUACCCCAAUGUCAGCCCCUUCAUCCCGGAGGAGGGUGACGUUUCCUGGAUGAUGCAGAUGUCGAGCGAGCUAUGUUACAAGAACAAGGCGUACCACGACAACAAAUUGAUCGCCUUGAUGACCUGCUCCGGCAGCUCGACCAGCGCAACACCGCGGAGCUUGGUCCGGAAUCACGCUGGGCACUUGGUCGGAUCACCCAGCGCCUGGAGGAAGGAAUGCAAAGCCUUGAAAGUAUUCUGGAGGUGUUCGCCCGCAGACUACAACCGCGUGGUACCCCUACAGCCCUCUGAGCUUCAGCCGGUGGCGGACAACCUGGUCAACGUGGUGGCGAUUGGAGGGUCCCAUGAGUCCGCGCAAGCGGCCUCGAGCUCUAGUUCUGAGGAAGGAGCCAGCAACUAUGCGCGCAGCGAUAUUGCGUACGACGACAACGGCAACCUGGUAGAUGUGUCUCCGUGCUCCUCAG